GGUAUGACACAGCAGGCAGCCCAAACGGCGAUGACCGAGGCAGGGGUGAUGCCUGCCGAUAUCGUCGUCUACGAGCUACACGACUGCUUCUCAACAAACGAACUGAUCCUGCUGGAUGCGCCGAGUCUGAGCCUCCCGGAGGGCCUACGACUUGGUCCGUCGAGCCGAUGGAAAGACCGACGAACGUGGUUUCGAUGAAGAAGUUGCCAAAAUGUCGGGAUCUGAUUACAAACCGGUGGCUGAAGUGCGAUAUGUGACACCACAGCACGGAGAGUGCGCUAGGAGCAAG